CUUGGGGCGAGGGCGGAGCCAGAUCCUCAGAAUCCCCACCCUUAGGUUGUGAGGAAGCAGCCGGGACAUCCCCAUGAUUUGCAUAGCCCCUGGGACGUGGCGCGGCGGGCGGUCCAUUUCCGAGUUGGCGGGAACUCCAAGUCCCAAAAUGCCACGGGACUUAAUACGUCACUUCCGUUGUGUUGGAGGCGCACUUAUUAUCGAGGCUGGGAGACAGCUUGGGUUUGACGGCCAUCCCCUCUCUGGCUACCUGUGCGAAAGAGGAGCCAGAUAGAUGGCCCAAAUGGAGCUGGAGUUGGACCCUGGUGACCAGGACCUGCUGGGUUUCCUGCUAGAGGAAAGCGGACAUUUGAGGGGUGCGCCCGAUGAAGCUCAGGAGGCUCCGCUGGACUGGGAGCUGCCGCCCUCCCAGAACUUUGUGCAGGAACUGAGCGACUGGGAGGUAGAAGACUUGCUGAACUCCCUGCUGAGUCCCCCACCAUCACUGGACGUUCUCGACUCCUCGAACUUCUGUUCUGUCCACCACGAUCACACCUACUGUCUCCCACAGGAACAUGUCUCCAUAGAUUUAGACAGUGGGAGCUGUGGAAAGGAGAGGGUCCACAUGACUCCGCCGCAUGUGGAGGAGCCCCCAGAGCAGGAGACUGCCAGGCUGAUACUGACAGAGGAGGAGGAGAGGCUAUUGGAGAAGGAGGGGCUUGCUCUGUCGGGAACACUUCCACUCACUAAGAUGGAGGAACAAGUUCUGAAACAAGUGCGGAGGAAGAUUCGAAAUAAGAGGUCUGCUCAAGAGAGCCGAAGGAAGAAGAAGGUGUAUUUGGGCGGUUUAGAGAGCAGGGUCUUGAAAUAUACAGCCCAGAACCUGGAGCUACAGAACAAAGUACAGCUUCUGGAGGAAGAGAAUCUGUCCCUUCUAGAUCAACUGAGGAAACUCCAGGCCAUGGUAAUUGAGAUAUCAAACAAAACCAGCAGCAGCAGCACCUGUGUCCUGGUCCUACUAUUCUCUUUCUGCCUCCUCUUUGUACCUGCUAUGUACUCCUCUGACACAAGGGGCAGCCUGCCAGCUGAGCAUGUUGUGUUGUCCCGCCAGCUUCGUGCCCUCCCCAGUGAGGACCCUCACCAGCCAGAGCUGCCUGCUCUACAGUCAGCGGUACCAAAGGACAGCAUAAAUCAGUCGGACAGUUCUGACCUUGAGCUCCAGGUCCCUGGCAACUGUUCCUGCCUGUUGUACCACAUGCCUCAGCCUUUGCAGGCUGAGCCUCCCCAGUAUCGGCCACUCCUUGACCUCUUCUCAGAACCCCCCUGCCCAGGCCACAUGUUUCACCUGUGGGCAAAUCUCACAAGAAAGGAGAAAUGGCUCCCUAACUACAGCCCUUCGUCUGUCAUCUUGCAGGGCAGAUAUUCAGGUUAGACAGGAAGAUACAGGGUAUCUCAGCUAUAGCCUAAGCACCCCUUCCCCAUCUGUGUCCAAAUAGAAAGGAAUAGGAGAGGGUUGGCCUUCAUUCUUGUGACAUUAGGAUGCCUGAGGGGUCAAACACAUACAUUUUGGCUUUGUGUGUCUUUUAUUUGUACCCAUGUAUGUCUACUGUCCCAUAAAUGGAUCUGAAGAAAUCAAUUGACCUCCUCCAACAUUUCAUACAGUGAGGGAAGAGGUAAGGAAAGAAAUAAAUAAGUGAUUUUGAUGCUU